CUUCCGAGACGACACGUGUUGAUGAAAUUGAUGACCACAGAGCAACAAUACUAAACCAAACUGUUGAGUUGAAAAUGUCCUAUGUUACUUCUAUAGGUUCAGAAAGAGGAACUUGUCUCUGGUUUUCUUUGUGGUUUUCUGUGAAUAAAUGUGACUGUCAAAGCCUUCUGUCAUUCUCAGAAGAGAGCAUUAAUGAGAGACUGGUAAGGAUGGAGGAAGAAAAUAAUUAUUCUACGGUAGUGUUUAAUCAUAGUGGCUCCCCUGGAAAAGAGAAUAAAGAGGAAUCGACAAUUUAUUCAGUGGUGAAACCUAAAGAGCCCACAGCUGCAAUAUCAAAUGUUGAAUCAGCUGGACGCUCUAGACUUCAUGUGCUGGUGGUGUGUUUGGGGAUCCUCUCUGUCCUCCUGGUGACAAGCAUCAGUGCUAUCAUAUACAUCACUGUGGUAAUGAACAAACAGAAAGCAAGCCUCAGCGACCUCAAGGCUGAAAUUCAGCAACUGAAAACAGAGAGGGGUGUCUUUGAGAAUGAGACACAGAAGCUGAGCAGAGUCACUGACAAUCUCAACCGGACGCUGGAAGCCAUCCUGAAGUUUGACACCUUCCCAGUAAAUGAUUUCUGCCCAGAGAAGAAGUGUCAGCCGUGUCCGAAAGGCUGGAUUCUGUUCCAGGGAAAGUGUUAUCUGUUUUUCAAUGGAGAAUCCAGAAAUUGGAAGCAAUGGCAAGAGAGCCGAACAUACUGCCAAAACAGAGCUUCAGAUCUGGUUGUUAUAAGUAGUCUCCAAGAACAGGAAUUCAUCAGCAAGCACAUCACAUUUUACCAUGAUAAGUAUCAUGGCUUCUGGUUGGGAUUACAUACAGUUGACAACAAAAACUGGAAGUGGGUGGAUGGACGUAAUGACACUUUAGGGUACUGGACGACGCUCGGUUCCUCUGGUCCGUGUGGGCUCAUGAUCCCCCAGAAGAAUCUUACAGCAAACUGGGACCCAGCAACAUGUGACUUUUUGAACAAAUUCAUUUGUGAGUGUGAAGCUCUGACUAUGUCUGAUUGAUUUUGAAUUAGAGAACAGUUUUGUUUUCUUAAAAUAUUCUUGCUCUUGCUGUUUGUUCAGGAGUAUACUUUUCCAAAACUAUCCACUUAAUGAAAACUCAAACAGAUAUUAACAUAAAGUAUGAAUGACUCCUCCCCCACUCUCUCCUCCCAACAUUUCCUGUCUCUCUUCAGCCGUCCUAUCCAAAAAGAAUCCUUUCAUAAAUAUAUAUAGGCCUAAAUAUACAAUCUAAAGACAAAGUAGUAUGUAGCCUCAGUGUAAGUCGUUUUUUUCCACUGCAUCGUUUACAACAUCCCUUUAAUGUUCUCCAAGUUGCACUGAACGAUAUUAAAUUGGUUUAAAUAAUCAGAAAACUAAAUGUAUGUUGUUUUCUAGGGCCAAUACCCUUCAUAUUACCACCCUGCUAGGAUCCUUUAUCGAGAGAGUUGAAGACUAUAAAUAUCUCGGUGUAUGGAUAGACGACAAACUAACAUUCAAAUUUCACACUGACAAUCUUACUGACAAAUUACGACAGAAAAUUGGUGACCUUUAUAGAAAUAAAUUAAAUUCCCCUAUGUUCUGUCGAAAAAAGACCAUCAAAGCAGUUUUUCUUUCAGUUUUGGAUUAUGGUGAUGUGGUCUAUAGGUAUGCCUCUACCACUACACUGAAGCCCUUAGAUGCUGUUUAUCAUUCUGCAUUUUGAUUCAUUACCGGCAAUCGCGACAUGACUCACCGCUGCAUUCUACAUGAUAAGGUUGCUUGGUCCUCUCUUACUGAGAGAUGCAAUAACCACUGGCAUCUUUUUAUCUAUAAAGCCCUUACCGGAAAGCUACCAUCAUACAGUAUAUCACCUCCUUGUUACAUCUGAACCCUGUUCCAUCUUUAACCCGCUUGAGUGAGAGGUUCCUCAUGCCAGGACUGACCUGGGGAAAACUGCUUUUAGUGUUAGUGCUGCAAACUCUUAAAUUUGAGCACUUUCAUCCCUUAUGGAUACAUUAGGAAUAUUCUUUUUAACCGCCCAAUACCUGCCUGUUACUGUUUUAUUUGAUUUUAAAUGCUGACUUAUCAUUGUAGUAAUUUCAAGCUUUUUAAAUUAUGUUGGUUUAUUGUUCUUAUUGCUCUUUUAUUGAUUUGAUUUUCUGUGGUAGCUUUAUCUCAUUUUGUUAGUCAUUGUUUGCCUUUUAUGUAUGUUUUAUCGGCAUCAUUGUAAAUGAGUCACCCUCAAUGACUUCUCCGAGAAUUUAAAUAAAGGUUGAUGAUGAUGA